UUUCAAGCCUCAGUCACAAAAUAUCUGCGUUCCAAGACUCUAUAAUGGUUAUUAUAUGCGUUUCAAGCCUCGGUAUUGCUAGAUAGACUUCCCAUGUGAGAUUUGGAACGCAGCCUUUCAAAUCUGCUGAACUGCAUGUCCUCUGUGUUGUCACACUGUACUGACAUGAGGGAGAGGAUUUCCCCCUGUAGCCCGUAUAGCAGGAGCUGAGUCCUGCCACUUCCUCCUCCACUCUGCAGUCGGGCAGAUUGCCUGGGUAUCCUUCACCUGUCCACCUGGCCAAGUACAAUGGCGGCUACGGCAGACCUCCAAGUGCUCAUACAAAAAUUUCAAAAACUUUCAGAAGAAGAAUUUAAAGAAGAAGACACCAAUGUGUUCCUGGUGACUUGUCAGAAGUGUUUGGAGGAGGACCAGCUCGAUGUCUUACUAGAUGUAAUCAAAGAUGAGAAAAACCAGGUCCUCCUCAGGAACAUGGGGUGGGAUCUCAUCGGACCUAUUACUAGGUGUAUACAGACCUGCGCACUCGGCAGUGAGAAAGAAAAGGUCUGCUUACAAAUGCUCAGGGGUUUGAUACAGUUAUGUAAUCCUAAGGAGAUCUUGUUGGGAAUCCUUGAGCAGAUCGAUGAAGCUGCAGGAGAUCACAUUUCCCGUACCAUCUUGACUCUUCUUCAGCCACUACAAAUAGUCCUCCUGAAGCUUGGAAACAAGAAAUCGUACUCUGUGGGUCUGUCUCUGUCCACUCUCCAUUCCCGGCUGUCCAGUCUGCCAGUGCCGUACACCACAGAACAGAUGCAGGAGGACAAGCAUUUGCUAUGUCAGUGCUGUUUGGCUCUGGUCCAGUUUGCUCAGCCUUUUAUUGAUAUUGUCUCACAAAGCAUAGGCAUUUCUAAGGAACCAGAUGUCCAAGAGAUGCGGAAAGAACUGCUGACGUUUUGUUUCAGUUGUUUAAAGUACCCCCUGCUCAGUGCACAACUAAACACAUUACCGGAGGAUGAGGGUGAUAAUCCUUUCCAUGUAUUUGCUAAGGAGAUUAUGGAUUUCCUGCUAUCUUUGGGAGAAUCCCUGUCCAGGACCUUUGUGCAGCGUGUUCACUCUGCCCAGACUAAGGACGCUGAAGGCUCUGUUCCCGAGAAAGAGACCUACACGCCAGAGUCUUUGGCCUGCCUCACCUACCUCCUGUUUGUUCACCAUAUUGGAAUGGACGGCUUCCCAUUUGUGUUUGGGCCAACAUUUGUGGUAAAGUCUAACAUGGAACAUGUGGAUGUGCUCUUAAAAAGAACCGAAGAGUCAGUGUUGUCUAAAGGGCUGGAUUUACUGGAGCACAGUUUAUUAAGAGUGGAUAAUGACAGUCUUCCUGAGGACGUAUUCGAUGUCACCGCAGUCCACCAGGUGCUACAGGAUUUAGUGAAGGUCAUGACCCUGUGUCCUAUUGAACAUCUGAGAAAGAAGAGUCUGGCAAUGCUACAGUUAGUGAUUGACAAGUUUUGUGUAGAAGGAAAAUACAAGUUGUUCAGAUGUCUGUUGAAGAUAAGCAGUCACUCCGGAGUGGAGGGUUACAUCAUACACAACAUCAAGAAUCAGAUAGACUUUGCUCUAAAGACAGACUCCCAAAACAGGUGGUUCCUAGGCAGUCGACUCAGUCCGCUUCUGCACUCGGCACUUUCACUUCCAGAAGGAGCAGAAACAGAUCUUCUUCAGUCCUCUGAUAGAAUAAUGGCUUCACUAAACCUUCUGAGGUACCUGGUUAUUAAAGACAGUGACAAUGAAACGGGAGUAUGGUCAGAGCUUGCUAAAAUUGAACCAGCUUUUCUAAAGCCUCUCCAUACAGGACUGAAUAUGUCCAGAGCCCAUUACGAAGCAGAAAUACGAAGUACAAGUGAGAAAAAGAAAGGGUCCCACUCGGAGAAGCCACUUUGUACGGUAACCGCUGGGGGCAAUAAGCUGCCUGACAUGACUCCUGAGAUGCAGCUUCAGGUUCUACAGUCAGCUCUUUUCACAUUUGAUUUAAUGGAAAGUGUCCUCGCCAGAGUCGAAGAGCUCAUCGAAUUGAAGCUAAAAUCUGCACCAGAUGAGAAAAUUGGGUCAAGUAAAGAUGUUUAGUGUUUGUUCUGUAUUUAUGAGUACAUUUUAGGUAAUAAAUAUUUUACAAGC